AUGCGUACAACAGUAUUAUUAGCAGCAAUUUGCGUGGUUGUUGCUUUCGGUGCGCCACAGGUAUCUCGAAGCAAACGCAGCGCAGACGUCGAAGCCGUCGUGCAUAAACUCGAGCCGGUCAAGACGUACGUGUACACGGCGACGGGACAAUUCGUCACGCAGUUUGCUGAUAAGACUUUCCGAGUAGCGGCUAGACUAGAGAUCCAGAAUGAUAGACUCAAACGGCAAGAGUAUGAGCAGCAGCAGCAGCAGCAAGAGCAGCAGGAGCGUGCUCGCGCGGAAGCCGAUGCACGUCGCCGCGAGCGGUGUCGCAAUCGUCGCCCGCCGCAGCCAACGUCGGCGCCGCCGCCGCCGCGCAACAACUGCCUGCCGCCGCCAGGCCCGCCACCAUGCCAGCCGGCGCCAUGCCAGCAACAGUACCCGUGCCAGCAGCAACAGUAUCCGCAGCGCGGAUGCGGGCAGACGCCGUACCCGCCGCCAACCUAUCCGCCACGCCCGCCCACCAAUCCACCACCACCGCAGCCGGUGCGCACUGGCGGAUGUUUGCCGUCGCCGAGAGGCUACGAGCAGCAACCACAACCGCAGCGACCCAGCGGCGGAUGCGGCGGUUAUCGGCCGCAGCCGUCACCGUGCGAACAGCAGCGACCACAGCCACCAGCGCCGAGCGGCGGCGGCUGCCUUCCCGGACCAUACUACCCGCCGACCCUUCCGCCACCACCCGGCUACCAACCGCGCGGCGGCUGCGCUCCCCAACAGCCGAACUACCCGCAGCCACGACAGCCAUAUCCCGAUCCGCGACGCACCAACGAGUUCCGCGCCGCGUCGACCGAAUGCGCCGGUCUCGGUCCGGCGCCGUGCCAGAACUUUCCAACGCCGCCGCCCGGCGAGGAUCCGUGCGUCGGCAAAGUGAACAUUGUUUCAGUUGACUCGUCCGGCAACGUUGAGCACUAUUUGUAUGAGACGAAAAAGAAGGCUGGCGAAGUGUUGGGCGAAGCCGGACAAGCUGCCAACGACGCGGUCCAUUGGGCUGGUGAUAGAGCACGUGAAGCUCAAGAGGGUGCUGCAGACAUGAGAGAUCGCGCUUAUCAACAUGGACAAGGUGGCGCGCAAGCCGUCAAGGAUGGAGCGUCGUAUGUCGCCGGCGGAGUCGAGAGCGCCGCAGGUCAAAUUGGAGAAGCUGCAGCUCAUGGGUAUGAAGCGGGACAUCGUGCUGUCGACAAGGGUAUUGACGCCAUUGGAGACGGCGCCGAAUGGACGGCGCGGAAGGCUCAGGAAGGAGCCGGCGCUGUUGUUGAAGGAGCCAAAGAUGGAGCUCACGCUGUCGCCACUGGUGUCAAGGAUGGCGUUGAAUGGACGGCGGACAAGGCUAAAGAAGCUGGAGAAGCUGUUGUCGACGGAGUCAAAGGCGCUGGAAGUGCGGUAGCCGAUGGAGCUAGCUGGACUGCUGACAAAGCGAAAGAGGCUGGAGGAGCUGUUGUAGAGGGAGCCGCAGCGGCAGGAGGUGCUGUCGUUGAUGGAGCCAAGAGUGCUGGAAAUGCGGUGGCCGACGGUGCUAAUUGGACAGCUGAUAAGGCGAAGCAAGCGGGAGAAGCUGUUGUCGACGGGGCCAAAAAUCUCGGGAAUGCGGUGGCAGAUGGAGCCAGCUGGACUGCUGAAAAGACAGCCGAAGGAGCUGGAGCAGUUGCUGGCGGAGCUGCGGCCGCCGGUGGUGCCGUCGUCGAUGGCGCAAAAGCUGCCGGUCGGACGAUUGGUGACGCGGCCUCGUCUGCCGGCGACGCUGUCGUCGACGGAGCGAAAACGGUUGGUGACGCGGCCUCCUCGGCCGGAAGCGCGGUCGUCGACGGCGCCAAAACCGCCGGGGAAGCUGUAGUUGACGGAGCCGCGUGGACAGCCGACAAGGCUAAAGAAGCUGGAGAAGCUGUCGUCGAAGGAGCCAAAGAUGUCGGAAAUGCGGCCGCCAGUGGAGCUUCUGCCGUCGGCGAAGCAAUUGCUGAUGGUGCUUCGUGGACUGCGGACAAGGCAAAGGGAGCUGGACAAGCUGUAGCUGGAGCAGUAUCGGAUGGAGCCAGCGCCGUGAUUGAUGGAGCCAAGUCGGCAGGAAAGGCAGUCGCUGAUGGAGCGGAAUGGACCGCAGAGAAGGCUGCUGAGGGAGCGGCGGCAGCCGGUGAAGCCGUCGUCGACGGCGCAAAGAGCGCCGGGCAUGCCGUUGAAGAGGUGUUGGGUGGAGCGGUUGACGCGGUUCGCAACACUGUUGGCGAAGGAUUGAAGUCAGCCGGCGAAACUGUCAAAGCCGAUUAA